AUGACUUCCUCAAUGUCCUCACGUCAAGGGGCUUUAACAAGGGCUACUAACCGUCUUCCGAGUAAUUUUGACGAUAGCGAAGACUUAACAUUGUCCCACGUAGAGCUUCCCUAUGAUGAAGUCAACCGCAUUUCCUACGUCAAUACGCCAAGAAAAAGGAUCACGGAUGCAACAUUUGCCAUUCAGUUUGAAAUGGAAAACAUCCCGACAGCACUGGAUAAGUAUAGUGAAGAAGCGGAUCAUCUCGAUUCUAACAUCCCAUCAGUAGAGGAUGCAUGUGAGAGAAUUAAUGCAAGCACCGAGAAAACACUUGAGCUACUUGAUAGGGCGGCAUGUUGUCUCUUUAAGCUCUUCAAACUAAAGAACGCUUUAGAAGAUGCAAAAAACAACGUUUCGAGUAGCACAAAUUCCAGUACUCCAGCAGUAAACCUGCCACCUAUCGCUGUUUCAAAAUUCAGCGGAAAACUAUGA